AUGUUGUCCCUUGUCCUUACGGUCUUCUUCGUACACGUCGCAAUUUACCUGAUCAACACGAUCGGUGCGAGUACCGUCGACGGUCUUCUAUGGCUCCUUUACCUAAAACUGCCCACACCGACCUCGCGGACUGCCCGCAAGCAGCAGCAGUUGAAGCGUCAAGUCCUCGAGCAAAAGCACGAAAUGAACAGCACAAGCUCCCAGGAUGAGUUUGCGAAGUGGGCGAAAGCCAGGAGACGACACGACAAGACCAUGGAGGAAUAUGAGGCGCUGAACAAGACGCUGACCUCGCAGAAAUCCUCCUUCGACUGGACCGUGAAGAUCGCCCGCUGGGUCUGCACAAACGGUUUGAAGAUGUUCUUGCAAUUCUGGUACUCGAAGACACCUGUCUUCCCGCUCCCCGAGGCCUGGUUCCCUUAUUACGUUGAAUGGAUUGUGUCCUUCCCACGCGCCCCGCUGGGAUCUGUUAGCAUCCAGGUUUGGAGCAAAGUCUGUGCGACCACCAUUGCGGUCGCCGCCGAAGUUGUGGGAGCAUUACUGGUGCAGGUGGUUGGCCAGGAGGAACAGAAGAAACAGAAGGAGGCUGCGCCUGUCGGUGCUGAGGGUAAGGCCCAGUGA